AUGGCUCUGGAUUCAAAAGCUGCUUUCCGACAGAGGGCGGUUGAAGCCGCCAUUCCAGAUGCAGAGAUUGAUGCACUAGCGGCAGGUGGUAUUGAGACGUUUGCCCAAUUUGCUUUUUGCACUUCGUACCAACCAGGUACAGGAUCAGAUGAUGCACUGUUUGAUCAUUUGGAACAUAUUCUAGGUGCAAAGCCCACUGGGGCAAAGGCCUCGCACUAUCGCAGAUUGUUCUUUGAGUCGCAUUCACUUGCUCUGAAGGAUCUCCAAUCGCGGCUUGAGAGGUCAGACAGCUCAGAAGUUAAGAUUCUUCCACUUGCAGAGAAAGCUCAGAGGAUUGACGACCUGCGUAAGCGCCUGCCAGGUGUUAUGCUCAGUUCGUCGCUGGAGCCGUCGCAUGCUUUAGUUGACAAAGCAGUCCACCAGUUUGAAGAGAAUUGCAUACAGUAUAUUGAUUUGAAGCAGUGCACAAGCCGUGAAAGUGAGAUACAGAAUGAGAAGACCACGCCACAACUCACGUUUGAUUCAUCUGGGAACAUCAAGGUGACGAAACAACAUUCAUUGACGGAAUGCUCCAUCCAAGGUGACAUCAGGUUGAGAGGAGCCUUCGCACGUCGCUCAUUGGCCUAUGACUUGGCAGGAGUCGCAACCUUUGAGGCAGUAGAAGGCUGGUCGCAACUUCUGUUCGAUCGUAUGUGCUUAGAGCCACCACCUGGAUACAAGCAUAUCAGUGUUGAUCAGAUCGUGCGAGCAGACAAGAAAUUGUGGACAAAGGUUUCGGAACACACCCGCGCACGAGUCACAGGAACAUCAGCCGAUGGUACCAAGAAUGUUGAUGCUGCGAUCAAAGAGCUGGCACAUCAUCCCGAGGUUCAGUUCUUAAUGAUGCCACUGCCUCUGCAUUCAGGGACUUCGUCGUCAACCAGUUCCACAGUGAGGGCCCAUCCAUAUCCGGCCGACAAUCAGAAGGGGAAAGGAAAAAGUGGAGCUCAAUCCAGCGGCAAACAGGGCAAAGGCAAGAUCUCAAUUCCAGACGGCUGCAGCAUCAGAUUCGGUGAGAAUGAUUCCAAGCCAGUAUGCAUGAAGUUCAACCUUGGUAAGUCCACUUUGCGUGAACCAGAGCGAACCAGCGACACAAUUCCACGGCAACGUGAUGAUAAAUUUGCAUCACAACGCCCAGUGUAUUUCAUUGAGUUUUGUGCGGGGUCGGCGGCUUUGUCAGCAGAAGUUCGAAGGGCUGGCUUCAAGGUCAUCCCUAUCGACCAUGUUCAUAAUCGUCACCGCACACUUGCAACGAUUGUUUCCCUCGACUUGGCAGCAGACGCCUCAAGGGAUUUGGUGCUGAGUAUGCUCACCGAUUUGCAACCUUUUGCAGUUCAUUUUGGCCUACCUUGUGGAACAUGCAGUAGGGCCCGUGACAAGGCUCUCCCCAAGCACUUGCGGGAUCGGUUUGGCGCACCCCCGCCUUUGCGUGAUGCUGAAUUCUUGAUGGGUUUCCCACACUUGACAGGUGUGAAUCUUCAGAAGGUGACGCAGGCUAACCGCCUGUACGCCAAUGCUGUGAUUUUUCUUCAUGCUUGUUUUCGGCUGGGUAUUAGAGUGUGCAUUGAGAAUCCUCAACGUUCAUGGCUCUGGGGCAUACUGCUGGCCUUGGUGCGGGAACAGAAUGACCCCGCAUUUCUACACUGUUUUGCACACCUGGUUAAAGUUGACUUUCAUUCCUGUAUCCAUGGCUCACAGCGUGCUAAGAAGACCCGGUUCCUUGCCAGCAAGGGCCUCUAUGAUAGCCUGGCAGGUGAGUGUCCAGGCGACCAUGAGCACCUCCCGUGGACCAUUGAACAGACUGGCAGCGGCUUGAGGUUUGCAACAGCGGAUGAGGCCCAGUAUCCACAGCUGCUGUGUUCUCGGAUGGCCCAGUGCUUAACAGCUAGCGCUACCACAUUAGGUCAUAACGUGGUGCAACAACCAUCCACCUCGCAGCAGACCCGACAUUCGCUUGGAAACCAAACGGUCAAGGCUAAACCCUUGAUUUGUGAAUUCGAGCGAUUUGUCCACAGCGACGUCCCGCUGACCACAGAGGGACAUAAGCUGUUGGCAUCACCUCUUCCCGGGGGUUCCAAUGCCGAGAUGCCACAGAACAAGAGACUGCGUAUGACAUUUAAAUAUGGAGUGCAGUGGAAGCCGGAAGACUUUUUGGAACAUGCAAAGCAAGUUUCUCACCCUCGAUCGCCGCAACAGAUGUUGCCGGACUACUUGAAGGAAGCUAUGUUCCAUGUCCUUUCAAAUAGUGCAGUUGAAGCUUCCAAACAUCGUCUCCAGGUGAUUCUUGCAAUCAGAUCCAAGUGCAACGAGCUCAAAGCGGAAGAGACUGCCUGGAAAAACUCGCUUGACAAUGAGUUGCGUACUGUACUUGAAUGCAAGCAUAUUGCCUUGUGGAAGUACCUUUUGCAGACAGCGGGUUUCGAAGACAUGUCAGUGGUGAAUUUGGUUGCUGAAGGGAUACCCCUGUUUGGCGAACACUCCAUCCCGCCAACUUUUCCUCCUGAUUGGAAGCCCGCGGAGUACUCCGUGGAAGAUCUUCUCAAGACAGCGGAAUGGCGCAGACGAAUUAUAAUGGCAUCCACAGCGGACAUGACGAGUGAACAGGAAAGAGACUUGAAGGCAACCACAGAUAAAGAAGUGGAACUUGGACAUCUUGCAGGCCCGUUCAGCGAGCAGCAGAUGACGGAGCAUUUAGGGACGACGGCUUGGCUUCUCAAUCCAAGGUUCAUCCUGUAUCAGGGCGAAGAGAGGAAAGUCCGCGCCAUCGAUGAUUGCAGCAGAUCAGGGCUGAAUGGGUCGUAUACUACCAAUUUUCGAUUGGAACUUUUUGACUCUGAUACCUUAGCCUGUAUGUUGGCAGUCAUUGCAGAUUGUGUGAAGGAGCGCAAACUUUGCCUGUCGACCCAAGAUGGAUGUGAUCUUUGCGGGGAUUUGCAUGAGUCUUUGCAUGGAAGAGCUUGGAAGGGGCGGACGCUUGAUCUUUCACGUGCAUAUAAACAGUUGGCAGUGGACAGCAAGUCCCGGAGGGCAUACAGCUCCACGAGUUUUCACGCGCCGGUGUUGGUCUUUACAGAUGCGGCGUGGGGUGAUGGAAACGCCUCUGCGGGGGCGGUCGUGCACAUUCCAGAACGCUGUGACACCUUUGUUUUCGAGGUAUCGAUCCCGGAAGAACUGCAGUCUAUGUGGUUAGAGGAUGUAGGAGAUCAGAUUGUCACGCAGCUUGAGUUCUUUGCAUACUUGGCAGUGAGAGUCAAAUAUCUGGAUGAACUCUUGAACAAACUAGCGAUCUCUUGGAUCGACAACGAG